AUGAAACACUCAGAUUUGAAGGGGUUGAGGGUCAAAUGGAAGGCUUUGGCUGCAUGGUGGAACAGCACUGUUUCCGCAAAAGAAAAAGCAGAAUUGGAGGCCAGAAUGAGCAGCUGCCAGACUCACUUGAUCACAGUUCUCACUUGGUCUUCAAGAUUAAUGCUUGAGAAUGUGGCUGAAGUCACAGAAAAGAGUAAUGUCACCCUUGAACAACUUCGAGGCUACCUCGAGGUUUUGAAAUCCGAGCUCGAAAUGCGUAAGAUAGAGCCCGAUUGA